AUGGCGGCGUUUCUGUCAAACGCGUUAAGACGCGCCAAUCACCUCGAGUUUCAGAUGUUGAAAUGCAUGCGAACUGAAUUCCGGCAACGGCUGGUAACGGGGCUGCGACCAUACUCUCAUGCCAGUGCGAGUUCAAGUCGUACGGACGACGAAAAGUCUGGAACUAGAUCGCACCUUCGGAAAGCUAAAACAUUGUUGGCCGUUACAGGCGGAACCGCGUCGCAAGGGAAGAGAACUUGGAUACACCAAGAGAGCACCGAUAUCCACCUUGGAUCAGCGGAGACCAUCGCCUACCGAUUGGAUUCGGGGCCCAGGGAGACCAUUGUUUACCUUUCCCUCCACGCUCGUCCGGAUUCCUCUACUAUCAUCAGCCUUCCAGGCGCACCUCUUCUUGUCGGGGAACUCCGCUUUCGCCUCACUUCCAGCAAUCUUCCCGAAAGUUUUAAUCAAGGCGAAAAUUGUCUUACCCCAGAAGGAGAUGCUUGGAAGAUCCCCCUCUUUCUCCUGUAUGAUACUCCAUUGCAUCGGCAUGUGUAUCAACAGCUUCGGGUGGAUGGGUUCGUCUCCGACGCACUAGAUUUGAGGCUCAAGCGCAUUGCUCAGACUUAUGUCCGUCCCCGCCGCGCUAGCGUUAUUCUACAUUCGCUUCACCAAGUAUUUCCCAUUGAUUUUUCAGCAAUGACUUUCAGGUUUUUCGUGGCGGGAGACUCAACUUUCCAAAACGUUCACAUCAAUGUUCCCUUCCGACUGUGUGUUCGGGGGUACGGGAAUGGAUCUUACUACACCAGUAAGGGGUUGGUACGCUUCGAGCUGUCAACACUACCAGAGCAUGCGGGUACCAGAACGCUGGUGAUGCGUGUCGUGAAAUUAGUCGGAGAUCCAGGGCCUUACAUGGGGGAAGAUCGACCACAAGAAGGAGCUUUGGUAUUGCGACAUCAUCCUGCCGGCGGAAAAUCCAAGUUGCUCACUCUCAAUGUUGACCGGAAUACACCUGUACAUGGGUCAAAGGGCUUUUCGCAUCCUGAUGCGCUGCCUCUGCUUAUCGCAAAUACUUUUGGCGAGAAACAGUCUAGCCCGUAG